CGGACGGACGGGCGGGCGCUCCGAGUUGGCGGCGGGGUCGGAGCGGGCGGCGGGAUGGAGCUGAGCUUCGCGGGCCGCCGGGCCCUGGUCACCGGCGCCGGAAAAGGCAUCGGGCGGGCCGCGGUCAAGGCGCUGUGCGGUGCGGGGGCCCAGGUGGUGGCCGUCAGCCGGACCGCGGAGGACCUGGCCAGCCUGGCCCGGGAGUGCCCCGGCAUAGAGACGGUGUGCGUGGACCUGGGCAGCUGGGAGGCCACGGAGAAGGCGCUGGCCGACGUCGGCCCCGUGGACCUGCUGGUCAACAACGCGGGCGUGGCCCUGCUGCAGCCUUUCCUGGACGUGACCAAGGAGGCCUUCGACACGUCCUUCGAGGUGAACCUGCGGUCCGUCCUACAGGUGUCCCAGAUCGUCGCCCGGGGGAUGGUGGCCCGGGGGGCUCCCGGCGCCAUCGUCAACGUCUCCAGUCAGGCGUCCCGCUGCGCCGUGCGGGACCACGCCGUCUACUGCUCCACCAAAAGCGCGCUGGACGGGCUGACUAAAGUGAUGGCGCUGGAACUGGGGCCCCACCAGAUCCGGGUGAACACGGUGAACCCCACGGUGGUGAUGACGGCCAUGGGCCGGGCCAACUGGAGCGACCCCCGGAAGGCGGGGCCCGUGCUGGACCGGAUCCCCCUGGGCAAGUUUGCCGAGGUGGAGGACGUGGUGAACGGCAUCCUGUUCCUGCUGAGCGACAAGGCCGCCAUGACCACCGGCUCGGGCAUCCUGGUGGAGGGGGGCUUCCUGCUGGGUUAGGGCGGGGGCCCGUGGGUCCGUCGCGCCGCGGCCGGGCCGGAGGGAGAAGAGGGGCGGCGGGGGGUCGGGGGGGAAGAAUGGCGGGGGCCGGGCCGGAUGGAGAAUGUUUAUUGUAUAAAAUAAGAAGUGAUCACCCCG